AUGAAAAAUGGGCAACAGAUCUUGAAAGACGACAUUAAAAGAUUAGAAUUGAUAUAUCAGAGAAUGAAUAGUUAGUCCAUAUGGAAAAACUUUAAAAUUGAAUCUCUUUUAUAAGAAAUAAACAAUAGAAUUUAAACUAUCCUAUAAAUUAUAGAAAGUGAUUAUAAAAGAGAACAAUAAUCCUAGAUUUUCAGGAUUUAAGGCGUGAAUGACAUUAAUAAGUAAAUUUAUGAAAAUUUGGAUUCAGAUUUAUUGUACUCUUUCAAACUUGAGGAUUUGAGCAAAGAACAGAAAGGUAACUAAUUACAGGAAUCUAGUAACAGAUAAGCUGAUGAUUUUUAAUAUAUAAAUAGACCAUAAACUGAGAGGAUAUAGAAGAAAGCUGUAUAAUCUUUAAACCUUCAGAAUUAAGACAAGAACAAAUUUUCCAUCGAGACUUUAGUAGAUCAACAACAGCAAAGGAAAGUUGUUCAAAUUUGGUAGGUUAAUGAAUAAGACAAUAAUUAAAAACAGGUGUAGAAGAAUUAGGAAAUAGAAUAAUAUACUUAAACUCAAAAAUAGAAUAAGUAAAUUUAAUUUCCUGAUUAAUAACAAAUGAUUAAUAUUGCUUAAAUUAAUAAUUCAAAAAUAUAGUAAUAAUAGUAAUAGCAACAGUAAUAAUAAUAAUAAUAAUAAUAAAAACACAAUAAAUUACCUAACACAUUCAAAAUGAAAGAAAAUAUGAAUAAAUUUCAAAUGACCAUUAUUCCUUAAGCUUCAGCAGGUGUUAACAUCAACAAAUGCCCCAUUUGUUUAGAGGAUUGUUUUUCUGCCCAAGAUGAAUAUGUAAUAUCACUGAGUUGUUCUCAUCAAAUCCAUUAUAAUUGUUUAGAACCCAUGUUGAAUCAUGAUCAUCUUAAGUGCCCUAUUUGUAAUAAAAUAUUUGGUAAAAUGAUAGGAGAUUAGCCAGAUGGAGAAAUGAGUGUAUAAAAAAUUAAAAAAUUGUGUUAAGGUUAUAAUUGUGACUCAAUUAAAAUUACAUACAACUUUUGGCCAGGAAGGAGAAAUGGGAAAGAUUAUCAUGGAGAAAUGAGAGUUGCUUAUUUACCAGACAAUUAGAAGGGAUAAUAGGUCUUAAAUUUACUCAGAAAAGCCUUUGAUUAAAAGUUAACAUUUACAAUAGGGACUUCACAAACAACAGGUUAGGAUAAUUGUAUCAUUUGGAAUGGAAUUCAUCACAAAACUAGUUUAGAUGGUGGCAUAUAAAGGCAUGGAUAUCCAGAUGCUUAGUAUUUGGAUAGAGUCCUAGAUGAGUUGAAGUCAAAAGGUAUUGUUCCUAAUUAAAAUUGA